AGAAAGAAUAUAACGGAGAGGAGCGGCAAAAAGAAAAAGAGAGAAAAAACAAGAGAGGAAAAAGCUGAGUAGGUUUGCGGAACCCACCGGAAAUUGGAAGGCAAAGGUCCGAAAUUUCCCAAAAGCCAUGGGAGGCCAUGGCGCAAUUGAGGUGGCCAAAACGGUUCUGGAGGUCGCUGACGUGGCCUGGACCGCUAUGGAGCACCACCAUCACCAUCACCAUCACCACGAGCACGAUGGCACUGCCCACACCAAGACCGAGACCAAUUCGUACGACAAAUUGGAGUCUCUGCGAUCGGAGAAUCGGCGUCUUAGGACUUUGCUCGAGCAGAAUCUGAAGCUUCUUCAGGACCUCUCAGAAUCCCCCUUUUCCUUGAACGAUUGCCCACCCGAUUUGUAUGCUCGGCUUGUGGCAACGGUGGAUUCUGAACAAUUCUUGGCUCGGCUCAAAUCCCUCCAGCAGGCAUCGAUCAACGGGACUAGCAGCGAGUUUCCUUUCAAGGAAACCUCAGGUGAUGAUGUGGACUCGGCUGAAAUUUUAAUCAAAGUUGACAGUGAAGAACCCAGCCGGUGGGUAUGGGUCACGGAUGAAAUGGUUCCAAACAAUGUUGAGGAAUGGAGCGGAAUCGAUAAUGAAAAUUAUGUAGUUGUUAAUGAGGAGCAUGUGGUGGAUGGGGUUGCCUACUUUAUGGCUAGAUGUAUUAUGUCAAAUCCAAAUUCUCAGAAUUUGACACCAGAAGAGCUACAAAAAAGUAACUGUGGCGAAAGCAUUAGGUGGUGUCAGCAAAUUGGAGAAGAUUCUUGGUAUUUGGCAUGCUGGGAAACUGUUUUACGCCCUGUCCACCUGGGGACUUGCUCUUGCAGGGUUGUAUAGGACGCGUGCUAUAUUGAAACUCGCCGCGGUGGGUGUUCACACAACCAGCAAAGUCGUUCUCAGGGCUCUCUAAAGAUGGAUAUUCCACAUCUUUGAACCAUAUUUGGUUGGGCAUAAUGCUGGGGAUGAAAAUUUUAUUAUCUUUGUAUAUUGUUGUAAAUAACGUUGGCCUUCAAAAUGGUCGUACUCCUCCAGCUGCUGAUUGUAUUGAUUUAUUUCACCGUGAUUAAUUUCAUUA